AUGGACGCCAUGCGAUGGGGCUCGGACAACAAGGUAGAGUUUGAGAUCAGCAAGACAGAGGUACUGGUGUUCAGCAGACGCCGCAAGGUUCUUCAGAAAGCAAGAGAUGCGGUCAUUCGCAUCGGGGAGCAGACCUUUACAAUUAAUCAAGGCGCGACCAAGUGGCUCGGUUUCUGGCUAGACCCGAAACUAUCCUUCAAGACGCACUUCGAGAAUCGAAUGACGAGCGCCAAAGGAGCUCUGCAACGAGUGGCCAGUCUUAGUAGCAGGAACGGGGGAUUGUCCGUCAACCUGAUGCGGAGAGUGGUAGUGUCGGCAGUCACAUCGGUAGCACUAUACGGAGCAGAGGUAUGGUGGAGAGGCCAGCAAGACAGAUUGAGGAAGCUGCAGGCGCUGCUGAACCGGCAAGCGAGAGCUAUUACAGGCUUGCUGGCGUCAACGCCUCUUGCCUUCCUCUGGCGGGAGUCGUGCCUGCCUAGUGCCCAGGCCCUCCUCGACUAUCGUCAAACCAGAUAUGCCGUACGUGCGCUGGGUGCAGAAGGGAACCACCCAACACAUCAGCUACUGCCCGCGAACUUCCGUCUCGGCGAGUUGUACCGACACGAGGGCGCCAAAGGCCAGCCAUCCAGCACCGGCUGGACGAGACCAGAAAAGAUGCACCGAUCAUAUGGUAGCAGACUCGCGCAACAGAUCGUCAGACAUGUCGCUUACGAUGCCGAAUAUGGCUUCGAGCUCCCCUGCAAGACGGGCCCACCCGAAGCUACGCCGGUCCUUCGGCUGCAAGGCUACCCAAACAUGCCCGAGAGAAUAUUACCUGAUAACCUCGGACAGAUGACUUUGUUCAUCGGUGCAAGGAAAGAGGUCAGCUUCGGCGUGGGAGCCGCGUGGAAAGAGAGGAAUGGGUGGAGGACAAAAGCAAUAUCGCUGGGCAAGUACCUCACAGAGAGCGAUGCUGCGUUGUCCGCGAUCAACAUGGUGAUGAAAGAUCUUCUUUCGGUACUCUCCAGAACAGGCCACCAACGUGCCGAGAUCGUGACGAGGUCAAGGCUCGCGCUGACGAAGGUACAAGGCACCGAUCAAUGGGUUCUGCCGAUUGUCACAGACAUCAAGAGACACACCAGGCGGGUGGAGGAAGAAGGUGGCCGGGUAGUCUUGACGUGGCUGCUGGGCGACAGCAACUGCGAAGGUUACAAGGUCGCGACUCACGCCGCGGAGCGGGCGGCCAAGCGAAGACCGAAAGAAUUUCGAUCGGCGUCACUAUCGUAUGUGAAGCAAGCCGUACGGGAGAAGUGGAGACCCAUGACAAAGAUCAACAAAGACAUCGAGAACGUAAAGAAGUCAGCCGCUGCGCGCUACCUACAACUCAAAUCGGGUCAUGCCGUCACAGGUGUUCACUUGUUCAGAAUCGACAGAAUUGAAGAUGCACGAUGCUGGUGGUGCGGCCACAGCAGACAGACAGUGGCCCACCUCAUGCUGGAGUGCCGGAAGUGGCGACGAGAACGAGACAAGAUGCUGCGGAGUUUAAGCACCGACAAGUUGACGAUCAGCCCAAGGCGAGACCGGACGGACCUGGAGGUAUUGUUCGAAGAAGGCGCCACGAAAGCAGUCCUCCGGUUCAUCGAGAACACGGAUGUGGGCAAGAGACUGACGGACGAGACGAGCAAGUAUGAUUUGUGGGACGUCGAUCGGCUGGAUCAACGGAAUGGUGAGGAUGCAACGGAGAACGGAGAACGAGGGUAG